GGAACAGUUGGUAAAUGAACUUCAAACGACAAUUUUACCCUUCAAUUUUUGUUGUUGUUUUCAGUUUAAAAGAGGGAAAGAGCCAUUUCGCAGAUGGAAACGACUUCUUAUCCAAUGGCUUCUCUCCCUACAAAAAUCCCUUUCUCUGCUCUGUUUAUCCUUCUGGUUUUUUCCUCAUUUUUCCUGUUUGGGAUCCAAGGAGCUGCACAGAGAGAGUUUGAUUACUUUGCUUUAGCUCUCCAAUGGCCUGGAACUUAUUGUCAGAGGACUCACCAUUGCUGCUCCUCCAAUGCAUGUUGUAGGGGGUCCAAUUCUCCAACUGGGUUUACUAUCCAUGGAUUAUGGCCCGAUUACAAUGAUGGAACUUGGCCAGCAUGUUGCAGGCGAUCUAGUUUUAAUAUGACAGAGAUUUCAUCAUUUCUUGGAGUGCUUCAGAAGUACUGGCCCUCUUUAAGUUGUGGUUCACCGUCUACCUGCUUUGGUGGAAGAGGAUUGUUUUGGGCCCAUGAGUGGGAGAAGCAUGGAACAUGUUCCUUUCCAGUAAUUCGUGAUGAGUACAGUUAUUUUUUAACAGCACUGAAUCUCUACUUCAAAUAUAAUGUCACGGGAAUUAUGAAUGAUGCUGGAUAUGUAGCUUCUAAUUCUGAAAAGUAUCCUUCCGGAAGCAUUAUUUCUGCCAUUGAGAAUGCUGUAGGGGCCUCUCCUUUAUUGGUUUGCUCACAUGGUGCUGUGAAGGAAAUCAGUUUAUGCUUUGACAAGGAUUUGAAGCCCCGUGAUUGCAUAAUUGACUCUGCUAGUCAUGCUGACUUGCUUGCUUCAAGAAGCUCUUGCCCCAAAUACAUCAGCCUGCCCGAAUAUGUGCCAUUAAGUAAGUCUUUUGAUCCAAUUCUAUUACUAUUUUACUUUAAUAUUUGCUAUUUUUGAGCAAACUAAGUCCGU